AUGGCCAGAAUACGAGAUAUCCAAAGGACGGCCGCAUUUGCAUGGUCCCCUGAGGCCGCACCCUUCAUUGCUACCGGUACCCAGGCUGGAGCUGUCUCCGCCGAUUUUUCCGACAAUACGGUUUUGGAGCUGUGGGACCUUGAUCUAGAGAAUGCUCAGGGCGGGGGUGAACUUUCACCGGUAGCGUCUAUCAAUACCGAUAGCAAGUUCUACGAUAUUGCCUGGGGAAGAGUAUCAACUGAAAGGCCAAGAGGAAUCAUUGCUGGAGCUUUGGAAAACGGAUCUUUGGAUUUGUGGAGCGCUGAUGCAUUGCUAAGCCGUAGCGAUGAUCCCCUAAUCUCGCGAACAACCAAGCAUAGUGGGGCUAUCAAGGCCCUUCAAUUCAACCCUUUCAAAUCUGAGCUUCUCGCUACCGCUGGCGCGAAGGGAGAGCUCUUUGUCUGGGAUCUCAACAACACAGAGAACCCUUUCCAGCUCGGCAACAGGGCUGCUAGGGCAGAUGACUUUGAUUGCUUGGAUUGGAACAAGAAGGUUCCCCAUAUCCUCGUUACUGGAGGAGGCGGGGGAUUCCUUACUGUGUGGGAUGUAAAAACGAAGAAAGAGUCACUCACGUUAAACAAAUUCAACCGAAAAGCAGUUAGCUCAGUUGCAUGGCAUCCCGAGACGCAAACGAAGUUGAUGACAGCUAUUUUGGACGAUACGAAUCCUGUUAUUCAAUUGUGGGACCUGAGGAAUUCAAAUGCCCCAGAAAGGACUCUUACGGGUCACCAAGCUGGUGUUUUGUCGCUUGCGUGGUGUAAGCAAGAUACAGACUUGCUCCUAUCUUGCGGCAAAGACAAUAGAACGAUUUGCUGGAACCCGCAGACUGGAGAAAUGCUUGGCGAAUUCCCCACUGUUACCAACUGGACCUUCAAGACGCAAUGGAAUCCUCGGAAUCCAGGGCUUUCUGCUACUGCCUCUUAUGACGGGAAAAUUGUUAUUCAAACCCUUCAAAACACAAACCCGAGUGCUUCCCCGGAGGUACCAGGCUCCGCCGGAGAUGCUGAUGAUUUCUUCAGCAGAGCAAGCAAUGCUCAAACAUCAUCAUUUACUCUCAAACAACCGCCCAAUUGGCUUCGAGUACCCGUGGGUGCUUCCUUUGGAUUUGGUGGUAAACUGAUUAGCUUCAGCACUUCAGAAGCCCAAACAGGACAAAAGCCUCACUCUAUUGUGAAGAUUUCAAAGUUUGCGGUUGAUUCUGGUGUCAAUACCGAAACGGAAAGCUUUGAAAAUGCGCUGAAGGAGGGUAAUCUUGAAAAAAUAUGUGACCAAAAAGUAGAGAAUGCCAAGACGGACCAAGAGAAGGCAGAUUGGGACGUUCUAAGAACGCUUUUCAAAGAGGAUACCAGGGAAAAGUUGAUUGAGUAUCUCGGCUUCAACGAAGAUGAGAUAGCAGAAUUGAAGAAUGAGACAGAAGCUAAAGACACUAAUGGCGAAGAAGCGGAUGACGAGAUCUCCGAGACUGUGGAAGCCGACGAGAAGCGACUGUCUUCAUUCUUUGCCGAUACUGGAGCUGAGUCGGAAAACUUUCUCGCCGAUCUUUCUUCAAUUCAAUCAACUCACAAUGCCAAGACAAACAAUCCUUUCCAGAUUUUUACUGGUGAAGAAUCUGCAGCGGACAAAAAGAUCACUCGUGCAGUUGUCCUGGGACAGUUUGAUAAAGCUGUGGAUAUUUGCUUGGCAGAGAACCGUAUCUCGGACGCUUUCAUGCUUGCUAUUUGUGGGGGUGAGAAGUGCAUCGAGAAGGUAAAGACAGCAUACUUUAAGGUUAAGGGACCAAACUAUCUCCGGGUUUUGGCAUCUAUUGUUGGCAAAAAUCUGUGGGAUGUUGUGCAUAAUGCGGAUUUGGCCAACUGGAAAGAAGUUAUGAUUUCACUUUGCAGUUUUGCAGAGGAAAAGGAUUUUGCAGACCUCUGUGAGGCUUUGGGUGAUCGCCUUGAAGACGAGUUACGACAAGGGCAGGGCGACAAGGAGGCCAGAAAACACGCCGCCUUUUGCUACCUGGCAGGUUCAAAGUUGGAGAAGGUCGUUGGCAUCUGGAUCGAAGAGUAUCAAGAAAAUGAAAGGUCUGGUCUGCAGGAAAACGACGGAGAUUCUACGUUUUCGGUGCAUGCCCGCUCUCUCCAAAGCUUCAUCGAGAAGGUCACUGUCUUCAGGGAAGCAGUGAAGUUUGUGGAUGAGGAAAAAGGUCUCUCUGCAAACUGGAAGUUGCAAGCACUUUACGAGAAGUAUUGCGAGUAUGCAGAUAUCGUUGCCUCUCAAGGGCAAUUGGAGGUUGCGGCUCGAUAUCUCGACCUUCUUCCCAUUGAAUAUCCUGCAGCCACGGUAGCAAGGAACCGCGUAAAGGAAGCUUCUGGAAAAAUCCCAAGCGUAACUGCUACUCUUCCAGUCACAGGAGGGAAGCCGCAACAGCAGCCUAUCACUAGUGCGUUCGCCCAACAGCGUACCACGACCAAAUCUCCAUACCAACCUACGCAGCCAAUGCAAACUUCCGCGCCGAAUGCUUACCAGCCCCAAGCUCCCGCUCAGACCCCAAACAUCUAUACUCCUGCCGGCACGGCUCCAUACAACCCCUACACCCCUAAUACAUCGACCACUACCCAAAAUUACACCCCUCAGGCACCUACAAAUCCAAACUAUUCCCCUCAGGCGACGACUCAAGCUUACAAUAAACCCAAUAUAUAUCAGCCAACUCAGAUGAACCAGACUACUGGUCCUUACGGCGCUGGCAGUGGCAGUGGUGGGUACCAGCAAUAUGGCCAACCCCAAACUUUCCAGCCUCCCCCACAGAGACCUGUCCCCUCUUCAAUCCCCCCUCCAUCGAGGGCUACAAAAGAUGUAGGUAACUGGAAUGAUACUCCUGAGGUUGUCAAGAUCCCCCCUCGUCGUGCGGCCUCUACAACACCAGGCCCACUAACGUCUCCCUUCCCCAAUGUUCCUGGUGCGCAACCUUCACCGCCUAUCUCAGGUAGUUUCGGCGGACUCCCAGCCCGUGCGCCCACAGCCCCUCCUCCAAGGGGUGCUUUGCCUCCGCAACGUAUCUCAUCACCUGCUCAGCACUCUAGGUCCCAAUCGCCGGCUCUGCAGCAGCAACAACAGUCUGGGCCGUAUGGCGCGCCAGUGAACCAAAGCUUCCCGCCGAAUGCCGGAUAUACCACUUCCGCACCGCCACCUCCAAGCGGAAGAUAUGCCCCUACUCCUGCAGCGCCAAUGUCGGUCCCUCCAGGGCGUCAAAACGCAGCUCUUCCACCCCCGCCUCAAGGGGCUGCUCUUAGCAGGGUUGGCGGCCUUUCAUCAGGACCGCAGUACGCACCUCCGCCGAUCAGCUUCGCCCAGCCAUCUGGGUCUUCUCAAUACGCACCCACAUCUCAACAGCCUCCCAGUAUGUAUGGGCCCCCUCCUGGUAGUCAGCAACCUGGUCAAUAUGGACCUUCUGCUGGAAGCCAGCAUGGCCCCCUUGGAAAUAUUCAGCCUACACCGCAGUCUCAUCCGCCUCCUCCUGCACAACCGACACCACCCCCAAAGCCCCAGACGCCAGCGCCACAGGCAUCCAAAUACCCUGCUGGUGACCGAUCGCAUAUUCCCUCGCAAUAUGCACCCAUUUAUGAGCUUUUGACCAUAGAUUUGGAGAGAGUAAAACAACGGGCACCUCCAGCAUUCGCCAAACAAGUCAAAGAUACUGAAAAACGCUUGAAUAUCCUAUUUGAUCAUAUCAACAAUGAGGAGUUGCUCUCCUCCGAAGCUUUGGAGUCUAUGUUGUCACUCUCGAGAGCUCUAUUUGGCCGAGAUUAUGCGACCGCACACUCUAUUCAAGUUGAUCUUGUCACAAACCGGACUGCGGAGUGUAAUGUAUGGAUGACGGGUGUAAAGAGGUUGAUAGAAAUGAGUAAGGCGACUCCUGAGUAG